UGCGCGGCAUUGGCCGGCCACCACCCGCCGUGGUCCGGGUACGCAGUGGGGAGAGGCCGCAUUGGCGCGGGAGGAGGCAGAGGGCGCGGGAUGAUAAUGUCAGAGACGAAAGCAGUGCGACUUGCCGCCGUGUAAUUCUCGAAGUCGUCUGUGGGCUUUUCGUACGGAUUUGUUUUUUCCUUCUUCCACCAAAGGCCUGAAGCUAUGUUUGUACUUUCAGAGAUUAAAACCGAAGCAGUGCUGGCGAAGAACGGACAUGCUUGACACUUGUCUGCGGUUACUUGGGUUGUGCUACAUUGCUUACCCGAAAAGGAGGGACUGAGACCCUGUUAUUGUCAUCCUUGACUUCUCGGAUUAUGAUAUAACUGUAAUAAUAAAGCAAGAACUGCGGGAAGAGCAUCUGGGAACUGAGCAUGGUAGGAUCUUGAGCAAAAGUAGCUGGUAUCGAUGAAAAGAGGAAGGGAAGGAAUGGCAUCCCGAGAGAGGCUGUAUGAGCUUUGGAUGCUUUACUGCAGUAAGAAAGAUCCAGAUUACCUGAAACUCUGGUUGGAUAGUUUUGUUUCUAGCUAUGAACAGUUUCUGGAUGUGGACUUUGAGAAGCUGCCAACGAGGGUGGAUGACGUUCCUCCAGGAAUAUCACUACUACCUGAUAACAUUCUUCAGGUCCUCAGGCUCCAGCUGCUACAGUGUGUCCAGAAAAUGUCAGAUGGGCUAGAAGAGCAGCAGCAGACUCUAUCGCUAUUACUUGUGAAAUUCUUUAUCAUCCUUUGCAGAAAUUUGGCUAAUGUGGAGGAGAUUGGGAUGUGUUCAUACAUUAACCAUGUUAUCACCAUGACUACGUUAUACAUUCAACAGUUAAAAAGCAAAACAAAAGAAAAAGAAGUGGCAGAUCAGACCCCCAUUGAAGAAUUUGUGAGACAUGCGUUGGCUUUUUGUGAAAGUCUCUAUGAUCCAUAUCGAAACUGGAGGCAGCAAAUUGCAGGACGUUUCCUCAGUACAGUUGAAAAGAGCAGACAGAAGUAUAAACCAGCUUCCCUCACUGUUGAGUUUGUCCCUUUCUUUUACCAAUGCUUUCAAGAAAGUGAACAUCUCAAGGAAAGCCUAAAAUGUUGCCUGUUACAUCUCUUUGGAGCUAUUGUGGCUGGUGGUCAGAGAAAUGCUCUUCAAGCAGUAUCGCCUGCCACCAUGGAAGUCUUGAUGCGUGUUUUAGCAGACUGUGACAACUGGGAUGACAGGAACCCCGAGGAAGUGAGCAGGAAGGCAGAGCUGACUCUGAAGUGCCUGACAGAAGUUGUCCAUGUCCUUCUAACAAGCAGUUCUGACCAGCGGCAAGUGGAGACAAGUACAAUAUUGGAGAACUAUUUCAAGUUGCUUAAUUCAGACCAUUCAGCUUUACCUAAUGCAAGGCGAUGCAGGCAGUGGGAGAGCAGGUUCAUAGCACUACAGAUCCAAAUGCUGAAUACUAUCACAGCCAUGUUAGACUGCACAGAUAGGCCUGUUCUGCAGGCAAUUUUUCUUAACAGUAACUGCUUUGAGCAUCUCAUUCGACUGUUGCAGAACUGCAAGCUAUUUUUAAAUGCUAACAAUAAAGUGGCAGACAAGAGUGAGAAAGACCUUGCCAACAAAUUACUGACAGAAAUGAAUGAGGACCAGGUGUUUCAGGGACACCUAGACUGCUUGGCAGUAUCCACCAUUCAAGCACUCACAGCAGUAAUGCACAAGUCUCCAGCUGCUAAGGAGGUCUUCAAGGAGAGGAUUGGUUACGCGCACAUAUAUGAGGUACUAAAAUCGCUGGGUCAACCCUCACGGGAAUUACUGGAAGAACUUAUGAAUAUGUCUGAGUGCUCUGCUGUUUUUCAGGCUGUCGAAGGUGACCACAUGGCUGUUGGGAUCCUAGGCAUUAGUAAUGUGCAGCCCUUAUUGCUGCUUAUCCAGUGGCUUCCAGAGCUAGAAUCACAUGACCUGCAGAUUUUCAUCUCAAAUUGGUUGAGGCGGAUCUGCUGUAUUAACAGACAGAGUCGAGCCACGUGUGUCAAUGCCAACAUGGUCAUCCGUAUCAUUGAGACGCUGAAUUCCCGCUCUGCUCUCCAUUGUACUUGUGCAGAGAACCUGAUUGCCCUUCUGGGCUCUUUGGGGAGUCAGUCAAUGGGCUCGGAAGAACUGCUGCAACUAAUACGGCUCCUGAGGACUGAGGAGCCGAAAGGAGCUCAUCCGUACGUGGUUCCAGUGAUGCGAGCAAUUCUGGCGAUGGCCCGCAAGCAGGGCAUGGCUAGUGCCUUGCAGUACUUCAACCUGUACCACAGCAUGGCCGGGAUCGCUGUGCCAUCAAUUCAUAAAUGGCCAGGCUCUGCAUUUUCUUUCAAUGCUUGGCUCUGCCUUGACCAGGACCAGGUGGACCCUAGCACAUCUAGCAAAAGUGGCAAGAGGAAGCAACUCUAUAGCUUUUUUACAGGAAGUGGUAUGGGUUUUGAAGCAUUUAUUACAUGCUCUGGGGUACUGGUGGUUGCAGUUUGCACGAAGAGGGAAUAUGCAACAGUGAUGCUGCCUGACCACUGUUUUUUUGACUCUCUCUGGCACAACAUAACUAUUGUUCACAUGCCUGGAAAGAGGCCCUUCGGUCAGAGUCUUGUCUACAUCUAUGUCAAUGGACAGCAGAAGGUCUCUGCCCCACUUCGAUUCCCUGCCAUGAAUGAAUCUUUUACUUCCUGCUGCAUUGGUUCAGCUGGUCAAAGAACAACAACUCCUCCUCCAUCUCAGAUACCAGACCCACCUUUUUCCUCCCCUAUUGUGCCCCAUCGGACAUCACUUGGGGGCAUCCUCUCUACAGGAAGUUGGGGUGGGAUGCUUGGAAAACCAGAGCUCAUCACCAAGAUGAUCUCAGCAGGGACUCAGGACAGUGAAUGGGGAUGUCCAACAUCUUUGGAGGGCCAACUUGGAUCAGUUAUUAUCUUUCAUGAAGCACUGCAACCUCCUCAAGUGAAAGCAUUAUAUUUAGCAGGUCCAAACUGUUUAACUCCAUGGAAAUCUCAAGAGGCAGAAGUAGCAGAUCUCCCCAGUAAGGUGCUGCUUCAUUAUACUCCAAAGGCCUGCAGAAACCCAAUUUGUCUUGACUUGUCUACAAAUCUUUUACAUGGAAGACUAACUGGAAACAAAGUGGUAAACUGGGACAUCAAGGAUAUGAUCAACUGUAUUGGUGGAGUAAAUGUCCUGUUUCCAUUGCUGGAGCAAAUCAGUUUUCUUGGUGGACAGAUGCCUGAGAAGUCUGAAGGGGAUACUCUACCUCCAGAACUAGUUACCCCUGUAGAGGGAGACUGGGUGGUAUUGUCAUCCACAAAGGCAUCAGAAGCACGCCUGGAGAAGAACAUAAUUGCAACUUUCAUCUUGGUGAUCAAACACUUUAUUCAGAGACAUCAUGUUAACCAAGAGAAUCUCAUUCACUCCCAUGGAGUUGCCACCCUAGGAGCCUUGUUACAGAAGGUGCCAAACAACUUAAUGGAUGUGAAUGUACUAAUGGCCAUACAGUUGCUGAUAGAACAAGUCUCAGUAGAAAAGAACAUGCAGCUUUUGCAACAGAUGUACCAACACUUACUCUUUGACUUCAGUAUCUGGAACAGUGGGGACUUCCCCUUCAGAAUUGGGCAUAUACAAUAUCUUUCUACAAUCAUCAAAGACAGCAGAAGGCUCUUUAGAAAAAAAUAUGGUGUGCAGUUUCUUCUAGACACACUCAGGAUUUAUUAUGGGAGUGACUGCAAAGACAGCAAUCUGGCUCCAGAUGACCUGAGAACAAUACAGACCUCCCUCUAUGGACUGAUCAAAUAUUUUCUGAGCAAAGGUGGAACACAUGAAGAAAUACAGAGCAUUGUAGGAUACAUAGCUGCCACCAGUGAUGAGGAGCAGCUCUGUGGAAUUCUGAAUGUUCUGUUCAGCCUACUUCAUUCCAGCCCAACCCCAGACCAGCUUUUUUUAUUGCUUUUUGAACCAGGGAAUGCUGAUAUUCUUUACGCUCUGUUAUUGCAUCAAAGAUACUCUGACAGGCUUAGAGAACUUGUGUUCAAGAUUCUGGAAGAGAUGCUGAAAUGUACUAAGGUUUAUGAACGUAGUAAGCACCGUAUGAGACUCAGAGAAAUAGGAUACUCUGGACUGGGCCUCCUCCUCAAUGAGUCAACAGUUACUGUUUCUCUUAUUAAAAAUCUUCUUAACCAAGUUCUGUACGCAGAUCCUGCUGUGAAUUACAGAGAUGUCAUAGCUGUAGUGCAUCUGGCUCAUAGAUCAGAUGUAAAUGUGAGAGUGGUUAUCUGUAGAAAGGUUUUGCACCUUUUGCAUUCCCAAUUGGAGGCAGCACAACAGAUUUCUCAGCAGCUGGGCUGGCAGGACACUUUGAUUAGACUAUUCCUGAAAGAAAACUCAGAGGUCCGAAUUGGCUUUGAAGGGAACAGGGCUGAUUCCUCAAGGGAAGAGGAAAAAAAGCCUCCUGCUGAAGAGCUUCAGAAACAUGAACCUGAUGAAACAGAGGGAGACAAAACUGGCAGCUUUUCAUCUGUUAAUGGUCUGUUUGAUCAGUGGAGUUUAGAAGACAACAAAUCCCUGUAUGUCCCUGCUCAUUUCUCUGUUAUGCCACUGGAAGAUGCAUCCACAGCAGAGAUGUCUUUUAGGUCAGAGGACCGAGAAGAAUUGUGGCACAGUAAUCCUUCACAUUUGAGUUUAGAUCUGUCCAGUGUUGACUCUUAUGAAUUGGGUGAUCUUUCAAAUCGGAUGACAGACAGUCAGCCCAGCACACCAUCACCUAUAGAGGACACAAAACCAUUCUCUGGGCAGCCUGACAGAGAACUGGGUGCCAUAAAUGAUGUGGGCUUCACAGCUGAUCUUUCUGUAUUUGAAAACCAAGGAGGAGGUGAUAAUGAACUUGUGCAGUUACUUACAGACAUCCUACUAUGUGUAAUGUGGAAAGGGAUUGAAAAAUCUGAUGAUGAUGCUUGGAUUGAGAGAGGACAGGUGUUUUCUGCGCUUACCAAACUGGGGACAUCUAAUGAGUUGCUGUGGCCAUCUGAUGAAAUAAAACUCAACUUAUUGGAGAAGAUGUUAGAAUGGUCAGUCACUGAGAACAGAGAUUCAAAAGCUCUCCCUGCGCAUGCUGAAAAUGCCUUCAAACUCUUGCUGAUCGUACAAGAUUUCCUGCAGGCAGAAGGACUAGUUAAUUCUAGUUUAUGGACAGAAAAGCUCUUGGAAGAACUAGUGACUCUCAUGGAUAGCCUGUCAGUCUGGUACUCUACAGGCCUAGAAGCAGUCAGGCUUUCACAGGUGCAAGUUCAGUUGCUUCUUGGAUUCAUCGCACAAGAUAAUUUACAGGUCUGUGCUAUGGCAGCAGCCAAACUAAACACCCUCCUUCAGACCAAAGUAAUUGAGAGCCAGCCUGAAGCAUGCUACCUCUUGGGGAAGCUGGAGGGCAUUUUGAGUAGAUCAAUUGCAGAGAAGACAGAAACUUACUCAUUUUUGAUUCCUCUUGUUCGGACAUUGGUAUCCAAGAUUUAUGACCUUCUCUUCAUGAACUUGCAUCUCCCUUCAUUGCCGCCUACCAAUGGCAGCCCAUCUUUCUUUGAGGACUUUCAGGAAUAUUGCGGUUCUGAUGAGUGGCAAGUUUAUAUUGACAAAUACAUUAUUCCAAAUAUGAAGCAGUAUGAAGAGAAUUCAUUCAGACAUGAUCAUGAGCAGAUGGCACUUUAUUGGAAAGAUUGUUAUGAAGCAUUUAUGGUGAACAUGCACAAGCGAGACCGGGAGAGAGGAGAAAGUAAGCUUAAAUUUCAGGAACAUUUUGUGGAACCAUUCAGCAGGAAGGCUCGACAGGAAAAUCUGCGAUACAACAGUAUGCUAAAGCAACUUAAUAAUCAACACAUAGCUACUCAGAGACAGUGGAGAGCAGCUCAACUUUACUUGCAUUCUGAACGUGGUCCUUGGUCUGAAAUGAAACAGCAGCCUAUUCACUGGAAACUUUCAAAUGUGGAAAACUUUUCACGUAUGAGACUAAAACUAGUGCAGAAUAACAACUUCAACUCUCAUCAAGAUGCAAGUGACCUGAGAGAUAAUUUAGGUGUGCACCAGAUGCAGCCCUCCAGUGGGUCUUUGCUUCUGGAGGUGGUGAAGCAGGUGAAAGUGAGUGACUUGGAAGACGAUAUUCUUGAACUACCAGAAGAUGACAUAGUAGCCAGUUCCAAUUUGGAUGAGAAGGACGAGCAAAGUCAGAAAGAAAAGCUGGUAUUGUCUGAAGACUGUGAACUCAUUACAGUAAUUGAUGUGAUACCUGGCAGGCUGGAGAUCACUACCCAGCACGUCUAUUUCUUUGAUAGUAGCACUGAAAAAGAGGAAGGGGUAGGUUUUGAUUUCAAGUGGCACCUUUCUGAAAUUCGAGAGAUACAUUUGCGUCGGUACAACCUGAGGAGGUCAGCUUUGGAGAUCUUCCUUACAGAUCAAACCAACUAUUUCCUUAACUUCAAUAAGGAGGUACGAAACAAAGUCUAUAGUCGAAUAUUGUCACUGUGUUCUCCAAAUGUUUCUGGGACCAGAUCUCCUCAGGAACUUUUUAAAGCUUCGGGUUUGAUGCAGAAAUGGGUGAAUAGAGAAAUAUCCAACUUUGACUAUCUUAUUCAGCUGAACACAAUGGCAGGACGAACCUACAAUGACCUUGCUCAAUAUCCUGUGUUCCCCUGGAUUUUAAGAGAUUAUACUUCAGAAGAAUUAGACCUGAAUAAUCCUGCAGUCUUCAGGGAUUUAUCUAAACCUAUAGGAGUGGUGAAUGAGAAGAAUGCUAAUACUGUGAAAGAGAAAUAUGAGAAUUUUGAGGAUCCACUUGGGAUGAUUGACAAAUUUCAUUAUGGGACACAUUACUCAAAUGCUGCUGGUGUCAUGCAUUACCUCAUUCGGGUAGAACCUUUCACAACACUUCAUAUCCAACUUCAAAGUGGCAGAUUUGACUGUGCAGACAGGCAAUUCCACUCUAUUCCUGCUACCUGGCAGACACUCAUGGACAACCCCAAUGAUGUCAAGGAACUUAUCCCAGAGUUCUUCUACUUUCCAGAGUUCCUGGAGAAUCAAAAUGAUUUUAACUUGGGUCAGCUUCAAAUAUCCAAAGAGGUGGUGAAUGAUGUUAUUCUCCCGAAAUGGGCCCACUCCCCAGAAGACUUCAUUUAUAAACACAGGAAGGCUCUGGAAUCUGAGUACGUUUCUGCACAUCUUCAUGAAUGGAUAGAUUUGAUUUUUGGCUACAAGCAGAGAGGACCAGCUGCAGUGGAGGCACUCAAUGUGUUCUAUUAUUGUACUUAUGAAGGGGCAGUGGACUUGGAUGCACUAACAGAUGAGAAAGAAAGGAAAGCUUUAGAAGGGAUGAUAAAUAAUUUUGGGCAAACUCCUUGUCAGCUGUUAAAGGAGCCCCAUCCGCAAAGGCUGUCAGCAGAAGAGGUACUGCAAAGACUAACUAAAAGUGAUACCUCUACUCUGAAUCUCUUCCAACACCUCACUGAGCUGAAGUCGUUCUUCAUAGAGGGAAUCAGUGAUGGUGUGCCCAUUGUCAAAGCUGUUGUCCCCAGGAAUCAGUCACGUUCCUUUAUUUCUCAGGGAAGCCCAGAGAUCCUGGUAACGGCGAGUCUGAACUGCGUUAUUGGAACUCACGGUUGGCUACCUUACGAUAAAAAUAUCUCCAACUAUUUUACAUUCAUCAGAGAUACCACAGUGACAAAUCCCAAAACACAACGUAAUAUGAGUGGGCCUUUUGCACCUGGACUGGAGAUCACCUCCAAGUUGUUUGCUGUAUCUCAUGAUGCAAAACUGCUGUUUAGUGCAGGACACUGGGACAAUAGUAUCAGAGUGACAUCUCUUGCAAAAGGCAAGCUGAUCGGACAGCACGUCAGGCACAUGGAUAUUGUAACUUGCUUGGCAAUAGACUACUGUGGAAUCCAUUUAAUUUCAGGCUCCAGAGAUACCACCUGUAUGAUAUGGCAAAUAGUUCAGCAGGGAGGAGUGCCUGUAGGCCUGGCACCUAAGCCAUUACAGAUCCUUUAUGGGCAUACCGAUGAAGUUUCGAGUGUUGGCAUCAGCACAGAACUGGAUAUGGCAGUGUCAGGAUCCAGGGAUGGGACCGUUAUUGUCCGCACUGUUCGGAAAGGUCAGUACGUGAGGACUUUGCGACCGCCUUGUGAGAGUUCUCUCCUGCUGACUGUUCCCAAUCUGGCUGUGUCUUGGGAAGGCCACAUAGUUGUCCACACCAGCAUAGAAGGAAAGAGUACUCUUAAGGAUAAGAAUGCGUUACAUCUCUAUUCUGUCAAUGGAAAGUAUCUGGGAUCUGAGACUCUGAAGGAGGAAGUGUCAGAUCUGUGCGUGACUGGCGAGUAUAUUGUGAUGGGCAGCUUACAGGGAUUUCUUUCCAUUCGGGAUCUCUACAGCCUGAGUCUGAGCAUCUCCCCCUUAGCCAUGCGACUGCCAAUUCAUUGCAUUUCUGUCACCAAAGAGUACAGCCACAUCCUUGUUGGCUUAGAGGAUGGCAAGUUGAUUAUCGUUGGUGUUGGCAAGCCAGCAGAGAUGCGCUCAGGUCAGCUUUCCCGAAAGCUGUGGGGAUCAAGCAAACGGCUCAGCCAGAUUUCAUCAGGAGAGACUGAAUAUAACACUCAAGAUUCCAAGUGAUUGCUGCUUCUACCUUCUCUCAUGGAUUCCAGAAACAUGUUUCUUUUGGUCACUUUAAAUGUGUAUCUCAACUUUUAGGGGCUUGGUUCCUAAGUCUGAUGAUGACAAACCUGGGAGAGGUAUAGUAAUAAGCAUAUGUACUCUUGCAAGUUAGCUUGCUUGCAUAUUUUUUCUUAACUGUGUUGACUUGAUCACAGCAGAAUCCCUCUCUAAGUAGCUGCUAAGAACUGUGUUUCAGAAAAAAAAAAGUGAAGAAAAACCAAACAACGUAAACACUCCAAACCCAAGCUUGCUAAUUGAAUUUAAGAUAAGUAGCAUUUGAUUUUAAGCUGAGAAGAGCCAAUGCUUCGUGAUCACAAAGAUGAUACUUGGCUUUGCUUUGACAGCAUUGCAAUUCCCCAAGAGUAAAUGAAAAUUCUGGCAGUUGCAGUGGUCUAAUUCAAAACUAGGGUAGCUGACAGUUAUGACAUUUUCAAUACCUUUUUUUUUUUAGCCAAAUGAACAAUUUAUUGUAAUUUAUUCCUGUAAAUGGCUAUUGCUAUCUUCUUUUGUUUAGUUCCAGUUUUAGGGUGUUCUGCAAGGGACAUCUGUGUUGCACUACUUGAUUAUCAUUUUAAAAUAAUGAAUAACUUCAGAUGAAUUGAAAGUGGUGAAGGAGCUAAAGGAGGUAGGAAAUACUUGCUGCUGAAAAUUAUUUAUGUUGUCAAGUUGACUAAGACACACACCAAGAAAUCCUAUGAUAUGUUAAAUAUCCUGAAGAAACACAGAGGAAGAGUCAAUAUCGAUAUAGGUCCAAGAUCAAUCUGCUUCAUUAGUAAGGCAACUCCUACAAACAAAAGACAAAUUUCCACUACACAGUCACGUAAACAACAUUGCAACGCAAUUUAAUUAAUUAUUGCCUGUUUGUUUCUUGGCUUGGCGUUCACUAAACCAGUUGUUAGCAAUAUGGAGGCAUUUUUUUUCUGUAAAAACAAUCAGGGAAACAGAUAAUGUAUCCAUUUUCAAGAUGUGUUUAAGACCUGGAAAAAGAAACUAUCAGAUCCUUAUGUGUGCUAUAUUCAACAAUAUAUUUAUGGGGUGUAUGCUAUAUUUUGGAGAAGCCAUUACUGAUUUUUUUGGGGGGGAGAGGAGUGUUAGUGAUAUGUGAUGAUAGAACGGUGUGUGUGUUCCUAUCAUUGUGACCUUUUAAUAAUGUUAAUGGAUAAACCCCAUAUUGUUAGAAAAGCCUGGUGCUGAGGAGCACAUACAAACUGGGUGAAGGUAUGUGUGCAUGUGUAUAUAUGUGUGUAUGUUUGUGUAUAUAUAUGUAUAUACAUGUAUGUAUGUCUAUUAAAAGGAAAAAAAUACUAUGAGGUAAGGGGACUAUAGAUAAAAGGCAGAGCUAUAAGUGAUUGUUACCUAGUAUGUUCCCUUUUGGCUACCCCUUUCUUCCCUCUACCAUCACUUUUCUUGUUAUUUUUAUUUAUUUAUGGAAAUGAAUGUGUGUUGUAUCUCCUAUAAAUGUUAUCAGAUAUUCCCUGUGGCUGGGGAGCUGUUGGACUACCUGAGGAACUCCAUAUUGUAUCUCAUUUCAUUAACUUUUAGCAUAAUAUAUAUGAACUUUGUAGAAGUAGUAAUACCUCCAAUACCCUGCAAAAGGAUAAGAAUUGUUUUCUCCUCCUCAAUUUCUUUCCUAGGGAAAAAAAAAAAGUCUUAGUGGCUGAUUAGUGUGUUCUGUAAAGAAAGUUGUGUUGCUUCUUCUUAACUUUCGUAAAGGAAAUAAUAAAUCAGACUAGUGAACAAGUGGGUCUGUGCAUAGUUGCAAUAUUCUAACUAAUCACUGUGACAGACUGGAUUGUCUGGAGUUAGGAGAAAAGAAUUACUUCCCUGAGUUACUUGCCAAGAGAGAAGAGAGUGUUGCAUUUCUAGAAGUAGAGUAGUGUGAGUUUUGGGGUUUUUUUUUCCAGGCUCCAUAUGUGUAAAAAAACCCCCACAUUACAUAUUUUCAAAUAAGUUAUGGAGAAGUAAAAAAGUAGUAUUUUUAAUCAAUUAUCUAUCCAGUAAAAACACUAAGAAUACUCUGAAAGUAUUGUAUAUAUGAGAAUGUGAACUAAGUUAGUCCAUUGUGAUUUCAUGAAGAGAGAGCUUUUUCCAGUUCAGAAGAAAGUCAGCUCAGAAAGUGAGAUUUUACUGUAAUAUGGGAAGUUGAACUCAUUUGGGGCAUUGAGUUGAUGUUUUUUUUUAUAAAUAUACAUAUGUGGUCUGUUUAAAUGUGUAUAUGAGGUAAAAUGUUUACUUGCAGGGGAGAGGACAGGAAAUUACUUUGAGUCAGGCUAGCAGAAUCAAGUAGAAAAAUUGAAGAGGUUUUGUAGUGUUUGGUGAGAGCACAGCUUUCUGUCACUUGCACAGUGGGGUUCACACAGGAGUUUGAAAACAGCAUAUUGUGAGUUACGUAUGUUUAUACAAUAGUUUCAUUCAUGGUUGUGGUAGUUUAAUAUUAAAAAAUACUGGAUACACUGUUGUCAGCUUACGUAAAAUACGAUGUAUUUGCAAUAAUUAGGGAUGAAAUGUUAUGGUGGAGAGCUUUGCUAUUCGAAUAUCAUCAUUUCAGUGCAUCACAAGUGUUAAGUGAUCUUCACAAAUAUGUGAGUCAGGUUUAAAUAUGGACAGUUCUUUGGCUUUCAUCUUAAGGGUACUUUGUGUUCAGCACAAAGCAGUGGCAGCAGAAUGAAGAUGGGGACAGGUGAGCUCUGAGCUGCUUCCUACACUUCAUGUUCUAGGUAGAAUGGCAAUGUCUAUUGCCUUUUGAUCUUUUAUCUGGUCCUUGAGGAUGGGAGGCAUACACCAUCCCACGCUUAGCAUUCUUGCCAGAGGCCCUCUAGAAAGACUCCCAUAGGUUUGAAGGUCUGCACUUUGCCUUUAUCUAAAACUAGCUGUAAAUAAAAGAUAUAGGUCUGAAGUGUGAGAUUUAACUGGUAUGUUGUUUCUUUUGGUUUUAACUUAUUUGUGUAUAUCUCUUCAAAAGGAGAAAAUAAUGUUUCUGAUCAGCGUUUACGUUGGUUCAGCUGCAGUCUGUUGUGCAGUGUACUGUGACUUAGUGAACUGACUUUCAUAAUUCUCCAAUUUCUUCAAAUCAAAAAAGCUUCUGAUUACAUCUGUUUUUUUCACAUAGUAUUGGUGAAAUAAGGUUCUCCUUUGUUUUUUAACUAAGAUUUAUUUAAGUAAAGUAAAGCUGUGAGUCAAGAGAAUCCUGAUUAGAAAUUCAGAAUAAGCAAGUCUUAAGCAACGGUUGUUUCAUAACACUACAUUUGUCAAGAUUGUCUUGGUGGUAUCUUCUUAAUUUCUGGAACAACCCUUAGGAUAUUUAUCAAAGUUUAAGAUAUACUUAUCUUUGAAGCUGAGUGAGUAAGAAAGAGUGUAAAUAUAUAUAUAUUUCUAAAGGAAACUGAAAACUCUCUCUUCAUACCUGUAUGUAAAUGAGAUCAAGUAGUUAGCAGUAUAUGUAACUUCUCUGUAGCACAAUUUUGAACUUUCAUACCAAAGGAUGAUAUUUAGAAGACAUCUCUCCUUUAUUUCAAGUCAAAUCCUUGUUAAAUAUCUCUUUAUCAAUUCACUUAUAUUGCCUGAUAAUAUUUUUAGUUGUUUUUUUGUCUAUAGUGAAGAAUCUCAUCUAGCCUCUGAAGGUUUUGUACUACACAAGCAUUCAGAAAGUGCAAUGUUUGCUGUUCAAGUUAGCAUCUGACUGAUGCAUAUUAUUCUGUAUCCAUGUACCUAUCUAAUACUCACAGGAUAUAUAGAAACCACGUCUUCUAUCAUUCAUGUACCUUACCAACACCAGCACAAAAUAACAAUCUCAAACUAACUGCACUUCUCCUGAUGCGCAUAUUGGGUUUUAGGAAGCCUGUUUGAUUAUUAACAGAAAAAUCAAAACAGAAACCCAAGCAGUAACACCCCACACAUAUUGCAACUGAUUUGCUAAUCUUCAGCAUUGAUAUAAACAAUUUUUUUUCCCCCCUGAUAUACUUUAGACCAUGAAUAUCAUCACAAAACAAGUUUAUCAAAAUCUUUACAGGCUAUAAAUAGUCUAGUCUGUUGGGUGCUUUGUAAGGAUCUUCUUUAAAGUUAUGUUUCCAUGUCAUAACUUCUGUUAUGAAGUGCAAAGAACUAACUUUGUGCACUGUAAAAGUUUUGUUUGAAUCUGAAAACAGUCCUACAUCAGUUUUCUUUAAGGUAAUCCUGCAGGAGUGAUACAUUCAUUUGUAAUCCACAAUAAUAAGGUAGGUCUUCUAACUCUUGCCUUAGUCAAUGGGAACUGUAUACCUCACUUCCCUGGUCCAUGUCUCCUUCCCGUUUUCUCUGGAAGUCUUUCCCAAUCUCAGUUAGCAAAAUCAUUAGAAAGUAUAUGUACAGCAACCAAAUACUUUACAAAGCUUUCACUGUGUGCAUAUAUUUAGUUGAAAAUGUACAUCUGUAUAUGGAUUAUGGUAUGCUAGGGAGCAGAGGAGGUGUUAGUCUCCUUUCACUCCUGCAUUGAGAGCUUGCUCUGUGUUGUCACCUGAAGGUACUCCUCUCUUCCACUGUUAAAGGCACCUUGCUGGAUAGGUUAGAUGCUGAGGCUAGGCACUGGGAAUACUUUUUUUUUUCCCCCUCUUUCAAAGAAACAAAAGCAAAACCCCUCCAAAAUCCCUACCUUGUGUAUCCCAGUGUGAAUGGAAGAUCUGAUCUAAUAAAUACUGGUAGAUGAGAGCACUACAUAGGGCUACUUUAAUUGGGUGCAAAAUUAAGCACCUUCUUCAUUGCUUUCUAGAAUAGGCUUUUCAUGCUAAAAAGCUAAUGUUUUAAAACCUGUGUCAAUUUCAGCUGUUGACACCCAAUAGUCUCCUUUGGAGGAGAGAAAUAGUUUUUGUGCUGUCACAAAAACUUCAUUGUGUACUCAUGUUAGAGUCAAUUGAAGUGUUUGAAAUGUCUUUCCUCCCAAGGAGAUGGAUUCUCCUUCCUACUAAUUGCCCUUGUUAGCACGAACUUUUAAAAGAAACAAGGGAUUUCUGAGAAGCUACUUGCAGUUAAAAAGAAAAUUGUCUCCUUCUUCAUUGUUAGUCAUUAGAUGUCUGAAUGCAGAAAGGUCCCUGAGUAGGAUGCUCUGCACAUUUUGAGUUGAGUGCUCUUCAUCAUCCUGCAGUCUUGAGGACCCUAUAUGCUUAAACUGCUUGUAGUGUUUAAUCAAAGGUUUGCUUUGGUUUUAAUUCACCUUUUUGCUGUGCACCUGUGGAAGAAAACUGAUGUGCCUUUCAUUAGUUACCACUUACCCAAAUGUUCCAGAUAAAACAGGUGUUUCACUUCUUCAGGAGAGAGUUCCUCUGCUUGUGUGUUCUGUUUUUGUCUGUUGGACUUGAGGAAUUUGACAAGUAUUUUGAGAGCUUAGAUCUGUGAUUAUACUCAGCACAGACACAAUUUCAUAACAUGUCUUCUGUCUCUGCACAGAGGCAUGACUGUCAGCAUAGAUUAUACUUUAAAGCUGCUAAGUUGUUUUGAGAUUGAAACAGAAAACAUCUGGUCAAUAUAUCAUAGAUCUAACAGAACAUAGAGCCCACUUGUUUAGUUAGCUUCCUGUGUAGUCCUCUUGAGGGAGACAUAUUUUUUUGCCUUGGUUACUUUAAAAAAUCAUCUUGGUUACUUUAGAAAAUCAUCUAGUCUUGCACCUGCCAGUACUGCUUUAGUCAUAUGUAGCUGUGAGCUGUUGCUUAAGGAAAACCGUGAGGGAAACUUGCCAUACGUGUUCUGAAUCAUUCCUUCACUAUGCAGGGGCAUCUUAAUACAAAAUUAGCGAAAUGCUGUUUGUAGGACUUGCCUCCCUUUGGUCAGUGUUUCUUGAUGGAAGCUGCAACGCUACUCAGUUUGCCUCUUUUUCUAAAGUUAAUGAGGGAGUGGAAGCCAAGGCCUCACAGCAAGUUAACCAUUUCUUCUGAUAAUUCUUACAGUUUGUGCAAUUAUGUGAUGACAAAUAGAUUUUUAAAUGCCAAAAAUGCCUUUUUAAAGAGUUAAAUGUUAGGUCUAAGGAGUGUUGGAAAUAUGUACUUUCAAAAAUGAGCUCUUAGGCACUGUAAUGAAUUUGCUGUCAAUCUUCUGUGCAAUAUCUUUUUCCCUUCUGGGUGCUUUAAGAGUAUACUGUAUGUCUUACUUUGUUUUGAUUGGUAUGUUUUAAGAGUGUGUAUAUUGGCUAAUGAUGGAUUUUUUUUUUUCUGUACAGCAUGGUGGAAGAUGUUUUAAAAUUUUGCACUUUUCUAGGAUUUGCAAGUUUGUAACCUGAAAAUUUUUAACAUGCACACUUUUGUAUAUAAUUAGCAUUGUAUGUAUUUAACAUGAGUCUGAAGCAAAUAAAAGUAAUUGAAUGCA